GAGAGAGAGAUUAGUGUACGAAGGAAAAUGUGGUUCCAGUUUAAAGACAGAGCGAGCGAGUGACUCAAGAAAAGAGCUCGCUCUUCGCUGAUCGCCUGAACGCUCACUGCGUGGUGGUGUGUCAAAACAAAUGAAGAAACACAUCCCUCUCUUUCGCGCUCGCUCUCCUCCUCCCCGCUUUCGUAUUCUGAAAUGAAAUGAAAAUGCGGGAGCACCAAAACAAGAACAAGAACGAGGAGUAAAAAAAAACAGAACGCACAAACUUCUACACUUGCACCCGGAGAGGGAGAGGAGAGAAGAGGACAGGAGAGGAGAGGAGAGAGAGAACAAGAGAGGAGAGGAGAGGACAAGAGAGGAGAGGACAAGAGAGGAGAGGAGAGGAGAGGAGAGGAGAGGAGAGGAGAGGAGAGGACAAGAGAGGAGAGGAGAGGAGAGGAGAGGAGAGGAGAGGAGAGGGCUGUACCACCACUAUGCCAUGCUGUGGCCAGUGAGAUGGGAGUUCCCCAGAGCAGAAUGGGGCAACGGCAGCAGCAGAAGAAGGGACAGGCAGCAGUGGCAGCAGCAGCACAGCUCUCUACCCAUGACUGGAGCCGGAACUGGGGUAACCAUGUGCUCCUCGAUACCCCUGUGAAACACCAACAGACGCACGGCUGCUCGCUACCAACACCUCAGGAGGAGGAGUAACGCCCCCCUCUCAUCCCAAACACCUCAGGGGUUGGAGUAGGAGUAACUGCUCAUUCAACUCAAGUCCUCUCAUCUCAUCUCAUCUCAUCUCAUCUCAUCUCUUCUCUUCUGAGGGUCAUCGGAAUGUAGUCUGAGCUGGACGAACUGCUCUUGUGGACUUGGUCGAACUUAAGGGGAUGUGGGGAGCAGCAUGCCGGGACAUGGGCACAGCCAGGAGAUGCUGCCUCGUCAGAUGGGUGCGGUUGAAGGUGUGUCGGCGCAGUACCUUGCUGUUUGCAGUGCUGUGGUUCGGCUCCUGGUUGCUCCUCAACGGACUGCUCUUCAUACACACUAACCUGCUAUCCGACGCCUGCACGGACCACAAGAGUCGCAGGAUACUGCAGAGACUGUGUGAGGAGUAUCAACAGGGCGUCUUGAGCGGGGACCUGUGCGAGGACCUGUGCGUGGCGGGCCAGGUGGACUACAAGCGCUGCCUCUACUAUGAGAACGGCAAGAAGGUGAUGGUGGCCGAGUGGCGUGGCGUGCCCAUCGUGCUCAAGUCCAAACUGGAGAACUUCUCCUCCUACGAGCCCUUCGCCUUCCUGGACUACGCCAACACGCCCCCCGGGGGCAACGGAGGCACGCAGGAGGAGCUGGCGGCCCUCGACGUGGUGCUCUACGCCACCCUGGAGAUCAAGAACUCCUUAGGUCUGGAGACCAACCUGAACAUCACCCUUCCACAGAUUUGGGAGCAUGUGACUGGGCAGCAGCAGCAGCAUCAGGGCCAGGGCCACCAGGGCCAGGGCCAUCAGGGGCAUGAGGGGCAUCAGGGGUGGGCCUACUCCCAGGCCGAGCUGGCCUCCCUCUGGGCCCUGCUGCAGCAGGAGGAGUACACCUUCCUCCGCGUGCUACAGGACCUCAGCAAACACGUGGCCAAGGUGGUGGGCUCCUGCGGACACUUCUACGCCGUGGAGUACCUGAUCGCGGGCCACGCCUGGGACCAGAACAUCUUCUCCAUGACAGACGACGCGACGGCGGCGGCCCUAGCGCCGGGUCCUGUGUCGGGAUCUGACCCGCAGAGCUCGUGGUACGGGAAGGCGGCGGGGGGGAGAGACAGCAGGGAGAGGAUCCAUCGCAUCGCUCUCAGCUUCCUGGACAUGGUGGGACACUUUGAGGACGACUUUGCACACCGCCUGCACCUCUGCGACAUCAAGCCGGAGAACUUUGCCAUCCGGAAAGACCUAACAGUGGUGGCCAUCGAUGUGGACAUGGCCUUCUUUGAGCCGAAGAUGCGGAGCAUUCUAGAACAGAACUGCACCAGUGAUAACGACUGCAACUUCUUCGACUGCCUCUCCAAGUGUGACACGCGCACACACAAGUGCAGCUCCAAACGCAAAAACAGCAACCUGCAGGUGAUCUGUGAGAAGAUCUUCCGGCCCUGGUUCUCUCCCACGCUCCUGGGUUCCAAGGCGGAGCUCCCCCUGCAGGUGGAGUUGCAGAGUGCGGUGCAGGAGUGUGCAGAGAUGGAGGAGGCGGGGCUGGACGCCGAGUACGGUCGCGCCAUCAAGCACAGACUCACCAGGCUGCUGACGGAGCUACUGGUGGAGGAGAGCAGCGGGAGGAGCAGGAAGGAGUACACUCGGCCUGGACACCCUCACACCUCACUCAACUUCUAAUGCGUUCUCUUUCGGUUGAAUCACUCCACGUCUCACUGUGGGUUACGGCCUCUGCAGCGUGACCAUUUGCCGAAGAGGUUUCGGAAAGAUGUCUCGUUCAGUUCCCGCAGAGAACCGGGGUUAUAGACCUAUGGGUUUGUAAUGGGCGUUUAGCAGAUUUUCAGUUUUAUUUAAUGAUUAGAAGGACUCAAGACAGGCGAAUCAGCUGCUCAGUGGUCAAGUAACCCGUGUGAAGAAAAAAAUAGCUCAAAGAUGCUCCCUGUGUGAGGGAAAAAAAUGACUGAUUCUGAAGAUGGGGUUCACUCAGAUCAAGCACCACCUCAGCAGACUAUAGCCAGACCUCCUGAAGGAGGAGGACUUGGGCAGUACGAAGGAGUACACGAAGCCUCGACAUCCUCACACACAGCACUCAACUCCUGAUUUUUAGAUGCGUCCUAGCAUCUCUAUGAGAGGGGUAUGUCCGUCCGCCUGUCUGUCUGUCCGUCUGAAACGCAUUCUUUAAAUUGUAAAUCCCUCCUGUGUCCACAAGGCGGCAGUGCAUAGACGGACACAUCUUUGGCUGCCUGUCUGACUUGUUUUUUCGAACUACAGUAACAGGUUUCAGAUCACAGACUGUUGAGAUGUUACUUCCAACGUCCUGGUAGAUGAUCAAAGGAACUCAAGACAGAGAGAGUUGUAGAUCGAUGGCCCAGCAAAGUCACCCGCGUGAGGAAACCAAGCAGCGUCUCACCAGGCAGUUCACACAGACCUUCUGGAGGAGAGCAAUGGCAGCAAGAAGGACUGCACAAGGCCUGGACAUGCUCACACAGCGCUCAACUUCUAAGGUUUUCUAUGUUGCUCAGUACAGGUGAAACAGCUACUCUGAAGCUGUGAACGUGAACCGGACAUCCUCAUUCCGUACUCAAAUUGUCACUGUACUCAAAUGUCGCCGUACUCAAAAGUUUUUUUUUUUUUUUAAGGGAAUUCUGUCAGAUUUCUUUCUUUUUAAAAAUG